AUGGAAGGACAAUCUCCGCUGUCGCUGGCCCUUCAGCACCUCGCUGCGAUGCAGGAGAGCACCACCACGCUGCAGCAGCAGCAGUCCCAGCUCCUCGCGGACAUUGCGGCGUCACAGCGGGACGAUCGUGCUCUCCUGCGGGAGCUGCUGCAACGCCCGGCUGCCCAUGGCGCCGACCCGGAGCCCGGUCGAGGACGGUCUCCGCCCGUCGCCCUGCAGCGGAUGACCGCGGAAGAUGACCCGGAGGCAUACCUGGACAUCUUCGAGGGCACGGCGGAGGCGUGUGGGUGGCCGGAGGAGGAGAGAGCGCUUCGGCUUCUUCCCCUGCUCACCGGCGUGGCGCAGCUGGCCGCGCACAGCCUGCCGGCGGCCGCGCGCCACAACUACACACAGCUGAGGAGAGUCAUCCUGGACCGGCUGGGCAGUACGUCGGAGGGACACCGGCGGCGGUUCAGGGGGCUCUCCUUUAAAGGAGCCGGGCGCCCCUUUGCAUACGCGCAGCAGCUCCUGGACGCAGCGAGGCGCUGGCUCCAGCCGGGGACCCACUCCGCUGAGGACGUCGUUGGACAGGUGGCGCUGGAGCAGUUCAUCGCUGGGUUACCACCGUCCACAGCCAAUUGGGUCCAGUGCCACCGCCCGGCCAACAUCGAGGCAGCGAUCGUCCUCGCGGAGGACCAUCUCUCUCUUCCCCGGCGGAGCAUGAGGGAGGAGACCAGGCCAGCGACGAUCCCUGCCAGCCGUCCCACUCCAGCCCCGAGGAGGAGGUUCCCAGCGGGCCCAGCCUACGCGUCUGAUCACCUGGCACCCCGGGGGGCUCCUAAGACGCCAGGGCAGGUGUGCUGGCGGUGUGGGCAGCCCGGCCACAUCAGAGCGGAGUGCCCGCUCAUGGAAGUGGGGCAGGUGGUUCGGGUUGCCGGGCCGCCGGCCCCCUCCCCCGGUUCGGAAGGGACGUACCGUAUACCGGUAUGUAUACAAGGGGGUACACAUCAAGCUCUGCUGGAUUCUGGUUGUGAACAGACCAUGAUCCAUCAGCGCUUGGUUCGACCGGGGGCAUUGUUAGAGGCAUCGUGGGUGAGGGUGAGGUGUGUGCAUGGGGAUAUUCACGAUUAUCCUGUGGUGGCUCUGGAAAUUUAUUUUAAAGGGAAAAAACAUAGAGUAAAGGCUGGAGUUAGUACUCGCCUCACGCACCCUCUAAUUUUGGGAACAAAUUGGCCGGGGUUUACGAGCUUAGCAGGGGAAACCAUGGGGGUGCGGUCACGUAAGUCAGGGAAAUGUGAGUUAUGUGCUGUCCUUAGUGGUGAGGCGGAGGUGCCGCAUCCCGACGCUGCUGCGGGGGGGGCACAGAUGGCGCCCAUGGAAGAUUUUCCCCUAGCACAGUCUCGGGAUGAGACCCUCCGCCACGCCUUUGACCAAGUGAUGGAAAUUGAUGGUUGUCCGGUUCACCCUAACGCAGCACUCUCUCACCCCUACUUUGUUGUCGUUAAAGACCGUUUAUACAGAGUGAGUCGUGACACUCGAACAGGGGAAGAGCUCUCCCAGUUGUUAGUCCCAAAAAGCCGCCGAGAAACGAUUUUCCAGGCGGCUCACCACAACCCCAUGGCGGGUCACCUCGGAUAUGAUAAGACACUGAACCGGAUCAUGGCCCGAUUUUACUGGCCGGGCAUUCGGGCGGAUGUAAGUCGGUGGUGUGCAUCCUGCCGCGAAUGUCAAUUAGUCAACCCUCCGGCCACCCCAAAAGCGCCCUUGCGCCCAUUACCAUUGAUGGAGGUCCCUUUUGAUAGACUUGCCAUGGACCUCAUCGGGCCAUUAGACCGGAGCGCACGGGGAUAUCGCUUUGUAUUAGUUCUAGUGGACUAUGCAACGCGAUAUCCCGAGGCAGUACCCUUGCGCAACAUCUCGGCGAAGAGUGUUGCACAGGCACUGUUUCAGGUCAUCUCCCGAGUUGGGAUCCCGAAAGAGAUCCUGACUGACCAGGGCACAUCGUUUAUGUCACGUACACUACGCGAGCUAUACGAAUUACUGGGCGUCCGCUCAAUCCGGACUAGUGUGUACCAUCCCCAGACUGAUGGCCUGGUGGAGCGGUUUAACAAAACGCUAAAGAACAUGAUUCGUAAGUUCGUACACGAGGAUAGUCGUAAUUGGGAUAAAUGGUUGGACCCUCUGUUGUUUGCAGUGCGGGAGGUGCCCCAGGCCUCCACGGGUUUUUCGCCCUUUGAACUCCUGUUCGGCAGAAAACCUCGGGGUGUCUUGGACCUGGUUAAGGAAAACUGGGAGGCGGGUCCAAGCACCAGUAAAAAUGAGGUACAGCACGUACUGGACCUGCGAGCAAAACUCCAUUCACUGGGUCAGUUAUCACGGCAGAAUUUGCUCCAGGCCCAGGAACGUCAACAGCGGCUGUACAACAGAGGGGCUAAACUUAGACAGUUUUCACCGGGAGAUAAAGUGCUUCUAUUGCUACCAUCGUCUAGCUCCAAAUUACUCGCCAAGUGGCAAGGGCCCUUUGUGGUCACACGGCGGGUGGGGGAGGUUGACUAUGAGGUUGUGCGUUCUGACAGGGGUGGAGCAACACAGAUUUACCACCUUAACCUCCUCAAAGCCUGGAGGGAGGUGGCGUCUGUUUCUCUGGCCACCACGUUGAUUGAGAGAGAUGAGCUGGGACCGGAGGUGACUAAAUCAAACAGGUCGGCGCCGGUCCCCGUUGACGUUCAUCUCUCGCCGGGCCAGAGAGCAGACGUGGCCUCGUUGCAGCGGCAGUUUGCCGACGUGUUCUCUCCCCUGCCAGGACGCACAAACCUCAUACACCACCACAUAGAAACUUCCCCGGGUGUGACAGUGCGUUCACGACCCUAUCGCCUGCCGGAACAUAAGAGGAAAACUGUUCAGGCAGAACUUCAGGCUAUGUUAGAGAUGGGAGUAAUAGAAGAGUCCAACAGUGACUGGUGUUGCCCCAUUGUUCUUGUUCGCAAGUCUGAUGGGUCAAUACGGUUCUGUGUGGACUACCGUAGAGUCAACGAGGUGUCCAAAUUCGAUGCCUAUCCAAUGCCCCGGGUCGACGAACUCCUGGAUCGGCUGGGCACGGCUCGCUUUUUUACGACACUGGAUUUGACCAAGGGCUACUGGCAGAUUCCCUUGUCGCUAGAGUCCAGGGAAAAAACGGCCUUCUCCACUCCGUAUGGUUUGUACCAAUUUGUCACGCUUCCAUUUGGGUUGUUCGGGGCCCCAGCCACGUUCCAGCGCCUCAUGGACCGGGUGCUGCGGCCUCACUCUGCAUAUGCUGCGGCCUACUUGGAUGAUGUCAUCAUUCAUAGUGAGACCUGGGAGCAGCAUAUGCAGCAGGUGGGAGCAGUGCUGGAGUCCCUGAGGAGGGCGGGGCUCACGGCCAAUCCAGGGAAGUGUGCAGUUGGACGGAGGGAGGUACGGUAUUUGGGGUACCACUUGGGGGGAGGGCAGGUGCGGCCACAGAUACAAAAGACCGCAGCGGUUGCAGCCUGCCCAAGACCCAAGACCAAAAAAGAGGUUAGGAGGUUUCUGGGGCUGGCCGGUUACUAUAGGAGGUUCAUUCCGGCCUUCUCGGAGCUGACCAGCCCCCUAACCGACCUGACCCGAAAAGGUGCCUCAGAUCCGGUCCAGUGGACGGAGCCGUGUCAGCUGGCGUUUGAGAGGGUUAAGCAAGCCCUCUGUGGGGAGCCACUUUUGUACACACCUAACUUUUCUCUCCCUUUCAUCCUGCAGACCGACGCCUCGAACAGCGGGCUGGGGGCCGUUUUGUCCCAGGAGGUGGAGGGGGUCGACCGCCCCAUACUGUACAUUAGCCGGAAGCUAGCUCAGCGGGAGGUGAGCUACAGUACGGUGGAGAAAGAGUGCCUCGCCAUACGGUGGGCGGUCGGUGCCCUCCGCUACUAUCUCCUGGGGCGCCCAUUCACCCUCUGGUCGGACCAUGCCCCGCUCCAAUGGCUCCACCGCAUGAAAGAUGCCAACACGCGGAUCACUCGCUGGUAUCUGGCUUUACAGCCUUUCCGGUUCAAGGUGAUCCAUAGGCCGGGGAACCGCAUGGCCGUGGCCGACUUUCUCUCCCGCUCUGCGGAGGGGGGGGGUAGUGGGCUUGCGGCCGGCGGGGUCCCGGCCUAA